AUGUGCGUAACGGCAACAAGUGUGAGCUAUCAUGUCGAGGAUGAGUCCAUCACGCUCGAGUUCCCAGAAGUGCUCCACAUUGGCACCUCGUGGAUCCUCGAGAUAGCCUACAUUGGCCUCAUCAACGACAAGCUCUCUGGCUUCUACCGAUCUGUUUAUACUGAUGCUGACAACAACGUCCAGUAA